AAACUAAAGAUAAAACAACAACAAACUCUUCCACAGUCUCCUGCUCGGCUUUCAAUAUAGAGAAAAUACCUAAACCCAAAAGACUGUUGAAGAGUGCAUAUACGUGUAACAGGGCAGUGGAACGCAACGCAAAAGGAAAAGCUUCAAAACUUGGUUUUACCUCUUUACCGUCGUUCUCGUUUUAUGAUGUUUCCUGCUCAUGUCCAUGUUGCAGACUUUGGUAUAUUUGCAGUUGUUGCAGUGUUCGCUUUGAUUGUGAUUCUUGUUUCAUUAUUUGAUUUUCGCAAAUCAACCAAAGCCUCAAAUAUUCCUGGACCUGUUCCUACCCAUACAGAGCUUGGCAACCUUGGUGACAUGCAAGAAGCUGGUAGUUUGUAUCAAUAUAUACAACAUCUUCACAAAACUUAUGGUCGUAUUGUAAGUUUCUGGUGGGGUAAGACUUACACAGUCAGCRUAGCUUGUCCUCACUUGUGGAAGGACAUUCAAAGCAUUUUUGAUCGUCCUCCUGAACUCUUCAAACUUUUUGAACCACUGAUUGGUAAGAAAAGUAUUCAGUACAAAAAUGGAAUUAAAGGACGACAAUUCAGGCAGCUUGUUGACAGAAGUUUCAGCCAUGAAGCUGUUAUGAACUACUUUAAUUGUUUUCAAGAGGCAGCAAACACAAUGGCCAAAGACUGGCUUUCCAAACCUAAAGGACAGCACAUUCCAGUUAUGGAAAGCAUGUUCAAUUUAGCCAUUCAAAGCAUUGGCAAAGCUGGAUUAGGCAAGAUUUUCAGUUAUGACACAGACAUAAAAAGAUUUUCUGAUGCAUAUGUCAUAUGCUGGAAUGAACUGGAGUCACAACUUGGAACUCCUCCACCAGAAGUAGGAAGUGACAGAGCAAAGGCUUUUGAAGAAGGCAAAAAGUACAUGCGUAGUGUUGUAAAGAACUUGAUUGCAUCUAGGCAAAAGAAUUCUGAGGAAAUGAMAGAGAAGCUCUUCAUUGAUUCAAUGAUUGAUUGUGACCAGAUUGAUGAAGAGGAGCUUGAAGAUGACAUUUUAACAUUCAUGAUUGGAGGGUUCCAUACAACAGCUACAAUGAUGGUUUGGUGUUUUUAUUACCUGGCAAUUCACCCAGAAAUCCAGGAAAAAGUUCAUUACGAAUUGUUAGAGGUUCUUGGUGAAGAAGAAAUCACACCACAAAUUACCAGUGAUUUGAAAUAUUGCCGGCAAGUAAUUGAUGAAACUUUACGAUGUGCUGUGGUUGCACCAUGGGGUGCCAGAGUGCAGAUUGACCAUGACCUUCAGAUUGGAGAAUACGUUGUGCCAAAAGAGACACCCAUUCUGACACCAUUUGGAGUUGUGCUUCAAGAUCCUGAGAUUUUUCCUGAACCUCAGCGAUUCGAUCCUGAUCGUUUCGCUCCGGAAAAUGUCAAGGACCGCCCUUCCCUCGCUUACCAGCCAUUUGGAUUUGCCGGCAAACGAAAGUGUCCUGGGUGGAGGUUUUCUAUUGCCGAAGGUCUGGUGUUUAUGUCUGUGUUCUUUAGACGAUUCAAAGUCGACUUGGUGGAGGGACAAAAGGUUGAACCUGUGUAUCGUCUCGUCACCUCACCUAAAGAAGAAUUUUGGAUUACCAUCGGUCAAAGAUAAAGAUAAAGUAGAAUAUACUGUCUAACUAUUAGAUUACGGAUAAAUAUCUAGGACACUCUGGAAUCUUCUUAUGUCCCAUAAUCAACGUCGAGCAUAGUUUAUGUAAACCCAAAGCUAUUUUAAAAUAGGUUGUCAGAGAAAGUACACAGCCAAAUUUAUAGGUAUUCAAUACUGAUAGACGAUAAUCAUUCAUCUGCUGAAACUAUGGUCAAACCAUCGUCGAAUCUURCCAUCAAUAAUCAAUGAUGACAGCAACUUUCGGUCGAGUAUUGUUCAAUCUCUCCGACAACCAUUUUUGAGUACCAGGUGCCGAUUAUGGCCCUCUUAUAACCAUCAAGGUACUGUCAUUUACCUUUUCACAUGACUUAUUAGUUUACACGAAUGAAACUUUGAACCUAUAAUCCUGGACAAAAAAUGUUGGCAGUUUUUACGCACUUCACCUUCCUCGUGCCCCCUUCCCUCCAAUACAAUGUUUGUGGCUUUCUUUUCAAUUGCUGUCCAUUCAUUGCCCCCUGCUUGUAACAUUGAUGUUGGAGGGAGGGGAGGGAAGAGGAAUAUUUUCAGUAGAUGCGCGCCACACAGUGUUUAUAAAGCCGCGGCUAUACGGCUAUAUUGCGCAGGCGACGCGAUUUUCGGGUAAGAUGAAAGCUGAACAUCGAAUUUGAGCUUUUUUUUAAUAUACUCUUUAUGGAGAUUCAAAUAUAGCAUUGUGUAGCCACAUGGUGCGCUGGUGAUAUUGAGAAAAUCGCUUCGCCUGGACAAGCGAAAAAGCGCUCGUGUAGCCGCGGCUUAAUACCCAARUGAAAAAUUGUCAAGUAUUCAUGUCCAAGAUUAUAGGCGUCAGGAUGCACUGAACAUAAGUGAAUGAUUUAUGUAGUUCAGUAUGCCUUGAUCCAAUAUUGUGAUAGCUGGAAACUGUCAAUUUUAGUAUAUUAUAGAGGUUUUACAAUAUUUUGAAAACUGUUCUAGAGUGCAAAUCCUUCACACGCUCCGAAUACUGCUAAUACGGAAGCGAAAGGUGUGGACACGAAAGGUUUUCUAUCCAAUUGAAUACAUUUUUGGGUUAAAAAAAAUUUCCGGCCAUAUCGGAAAACACAGCGGCCGAAAGGGGUUUUGGAGUCGUUUUUGGUUAUUUUAGUCGACUAAAAUAGGAGUUUUAUUCGGCUUGUGCUGUUCGGGUUUAUACCAGGCCAAGUGAGUGAAGAAAAAAAAUGAAAUGUUUUGUGUCUCAACUAUCACACUAAAUGACCUAACUCUAAAAAAUUAAAAURAUUAGUAAUACUACUUUUUAUAAUUUUAUGCUAAUUCUUUUGUUUUUGUUCAACUAGCAGAAUUUAGUAAUUAGCGUUACUAAAUUACUGAAAGCACUCUAGUGGAGUGAACUCACUUGAAAAAAUGUACAACGUAGUUGAUAGAUUAUGCAAAUUCCUUUGUUUUCUAUUGCCUAAUCAACGCUAGAGUUUUCACCCUCAUUAAGCUGUUUGAAAGAAAUUGGCAUAAUUCAUAUCAAUAUCUAUUAAACAAUUGAGUAUUUUAAUUGAGGAUGGUAUGCUGUGAUAGUUACCCAUGAAAACUGGAAGUUCCGAAAAACAAAUAGUCAUCAAAGAACGCAGUUCGGGAGGGCGACCAAGACGUUUUGAGGAACAUCCAGUUUCCAAGGGCAACUAUCACAUCAAAAUGCCCGAGAUUUAAACUACUAACUCAGUUUUUGUUUUUCAACAGCACAAAUUUUCUGAAGCGGCGGCACUAUUGCGUCACGUGCGCUAUUCUCCAUCAGUGAGAGCGGAGGAAAAUUCGUUGUUGAAUUUUAGUAAUUUUUUCUAGACCAGCUUUCGAAGGUUAGUCCUAACAGUAAAUUCGCCCUCCAUUUACCAAGAAUUUUUCUCUAGAGCGAAAACGAUGUAAUCGAUAAAUUAUAUAUUUUAUAUGAGAUAGUAUAAAAGAUAUUGAAAAUGAUUAUUGAAUGAAAUAAUACUAUACUAAAUAUAUAGAGGCUUUGAAUAAAUAACUGAUCGUUUUCUGUAUUGUA